AUGUGGUACUGGUAUGGAGACCCAAGAGGAGAAUAUUCUGUUAAAGAUGGAUAUAAAGUGGUGAUAGGCAAUUACUCCCAACCGGCGGGAACCUUUGAUAAAUGGAAAAAAUUAUGGAGUCUAAAAGUCCCCCCAAAGUGGAAAACAUUCUUAUGGAGAGCUCUAAAUGAUAUUUUACCCACUACGGAGAACUUACUUAUAAAGAGAGUAGAUAUUGAUCCAACUUGUGCAAUGUGUGGAGUUGAGCAUGAGAAUCUUGUGCAUUCUUUGAUCACAUGUGAUGAUGAUGGGAUUAUUUAUGCAGUGGCCCUCUUAUACUACAUAUGGCGAACAAGAAAUGGAGUUGUUUGGGAGGCAAAUUUGCCCAGACCCCAAAAGGUAGUAGCAAUGGUUGUAUCGUCCUUGAAUGCAUGGAAGAUAGUACACCCCGUUCGACAGAGCCCGCCAGCCAACUCCACGGCGCCACCUACCCGUGUCAUGCCGGCAGCGCCCAACCGAACUGCUGCGGCAGUACGCACGCCGAGGGGAGACGCCGCAGCCAUGUUGCCAGUACCGCAAUUGCCUGCACCGAUUGUGCUACACCAUGCUAUGCAAGACUCGAGGGAUCAGUGUUAUUUCGAUGCGGCUUACGACCCGCGAACAAACAAGGCAACGGUGGGGGCUAUUAUUCUGAAUUCACAGGGAGGUUACGUGUCGGCUAUGACCGCUCCUAUCAUAGACUGCUUUUCGCCCCUAAUGGCGGAGGCUUUUGCAUGCAAGGAAGUUUUAUCAUGGCUAAGAAAUCGAGAAGUACAAUCUAUCGACCUCUACACUAAUUGUUUGGUGCUCCAACAAUAUCUUUCAUCUACAACGCACUCAUCUCGGUCUUACUUGGGCUAUGCCAUUGAUAGUUGCAGAACUAGUUUAUUGUCUUUUGAUUACUGCUUGAUUCAUUACAUUCCUAGAUUAGAUAAUUAUUUAGCUCAUACAUUAGCGUCUACUGCGUUUAAUCAGUUGACUAGUAUGUAUGCGGACUUUGAACUGCCCCACUCUAUUUCAGCAUAUUUUGAAUAA